AAAUAAUAAUCCUCAUCACCCUCUCCCCACGCGUGGUGCGUGUCCGCGUCAGUUGCUCAACGGAUGGAUAGUCUGCCUUGAUCUCCAUCAAUCGUGGAUUUGAUUUGUUGUUGUGAUCCCUUUUCAUCUACAGCUUCGGAGACUUUCAUUCACUGUAUAGAUAGUCAAGAGGGGGGACCGUAUCAUACACCUGGCAUCAUGGACAAGAUCAAAGAGAGACUCGCCGCGCAAAACGCAAAGAUUGAUGCUCUGGAAGAGCGAGCAGAAGCUGCCGAGAAGGAGUUGAAGAAGCGAGACCAAGUGAUCCUUGAAAAAGAUCAAGAGAUCUCUUCCCUCCAACAUAAAUUAUCCGUCGCUGAAGACAAUAUUGAAAAGGCCGAAGGCAAAGUUAAGGACCUUAAAGCCGCAGCGGAAGAAGGCGACACUCACAAGACUACUGGAGAGAACCUCGCCAGAAAGGUUCAGCUCCUUGAGGAAGAGCUUGAUAAGGCCGAAAAGGAUCUUAAAGAGACUACCGAGAAACUGCGUCAGGUCGACGUCAAAGCUGAACACUUUGAACGUCAAGUACAACGUGCAGAGCAAGAGAGAGACGAAUGGGAGCGUAAACACGGAGAAGCAGUCGAGAAAUACCAGCAAUCCAAACGGGAGCUCGACGAAGUCGUCCAACAGAUGGAAAGCUUGUAAUCCAACCUACUCUGCCCUGUCUCCGUCUCGUCUCCUGCAUCAUACAUUUGGCUCUCAUGUUCCCUCCCUUCCACACUGGCUGCUCCCCCUUACUGCAAUGAUGAAAUGAAUGACCCAAGUUCAAACAACCGCUGCUAUUCUGAUGAGGCGGAUGAACACGAUAUCGUACAUGUUUGGCUACAAGAUGACACC